AUGAGCACCACCGAGGGAAAGGCGGACGCCGCUGCGGUGGAGGAGAUGGCGCGGUCGGCGACCGCAUGGUGCGCGAUGCACGGACUCGUCGUCGGGGACCGCGCGGACCCGAGAUCAGGAACAGUUCCUGGGGUUGGGUUGGUCCACGCUCCAAUCUCCCUGCUCCCGUCGCGUCUCCCGGAGUCUUUCUGGAGUCAGGCGUGCGAGCUGGCCCCGCUUUUCAACGAGCUCGUGGAUCGUGUUAGCUUGGAUGGGGAUUUCUUGCAGGAUUCCUUGUCCAAAACAAGGCAGGUUGAUGAUUUCACUUCUAGGCUCUUAGAUAUUCACAGGAAGAUGAUGGAUGCAAACAAGGAGGAGAAUAUCCGACUGGGGCUGCACCGAUCAGAUUAUAUGCUGGAUUCAGAAACCAAUUCUCUUCUCCAAAUAGAGCUCAACACUAUUUCAGUAUCUUUUCCUGGGCUUUGUUCAAUAGUGACUGAGCUUCACAGGACCUUGAUCAAUCAGUAUGGAAAUUUAUUAUGUCUAGAUGCCAAAAGGGUUCCUGGAAAUGAUGCAAGCCGUCAAUUUGCUAAAGCAUUGGCCAAAGCAUGGGAUGAGUUUAAUGUUGACAGUUGCCAUCUUGAUACGGGGCAAACCGUAGGAAUGGCCCGAUCUUCACUAUUUGGAGAGGCUUCAGCACCGACCGGACAGUCUGGUCGAUUUGGAGGGUCGAGGGCGAGGUGCGAGCGCCAACUAGACACUGUCUGGUUGGUUGGACAGGACAGUCUGCUCGACCUCUGGUCGCUCCAGAGGGUUGAGGCCGAGGCGCCAGCGCUCUCCCGACUGUUCGGUAGUGCAGAUUUUGCACUGGUUUUCUUCCUUCUCUUCGUCUUUGAGUCUCCGCUCCUCGCUUGGGACUUGGCCUUCCUUCCUUGCUUCUCCAGAAAUGGCAGGAAGGUCGCUGUGGUGUAUUUUAGAGCUGGCUAUACACCAAACGAUUAUCCUUCAGAAGCAGAAUGGAGUGCAAGGCUUUUGAUGGAACAAUCAUCUGCUGUGAAGUGUCCUUCAAUAUCAUAUCAUUUAGUGGGGACCAAGAAGAUUCAACAAGAACUAGCAAAACCUAACGUGCUUGAAAGGUUUCUUGAAAAUAAGGAGGAAAUUGCCAAGCUCCGUCAAUGCUUUGCAGGGCUAUGGAGCUUGGAUGAUAAAGAGGUUGUCAAAUCUGCGAUUGAAAACCCUGACUUGUUUGUCUUGAAGCCUCAACGUGAAGGCGGAGGGAACAACAUAUACGGUCUUGAUGUGCGAGAGGCUCUGAUCAGACUCAAGAAGGAAGGAGGAGAUGCUCUCUCAGCCUACAUACUGAUGCAAAGAAUCUUUCCCAAAGCAUCUCUCGCUAGUCUGGUCCGUGGUGGUUUUUGCCAUGAGGCCCUCACAGUAUCUGAGCUUGGGAUAUAUGGAGCCUACCUGCGGAACAAAGAUAAGGUGAUCAUCAAUGAUAAGUGUGGUUACUUGAUGCGAACAAAAGUUUCUUCUUCGGAUGAAGGCGGUGUUGCUGCGGGAUUUGCUGUUUUGGACAGCUUAUACCUGACCGACAAGGUGAUACACGGUGGUUCACAUUAG